CAUCUACCAAGGAAAAGCUGGAGAGAAAUCAGUUAUGUAAUAGAAAAAGGAGCCAGGCUAUUGGCAGGCAGCUUCUGGAACGCUCUUGUUAUUAUAGACUUCCCAUUGACUGUCUCCAGUGACACCCAUGCUUCUAGCAUUAUGGAGGCUAUAAAUUAAUUUGUGCAUUCAGCCCAGCCAGAGCCAACAUGAAGGCAGCCACAGUCUUGGUUCUGGUGGCUUUGAUCACCAUGGAGAUGGACAAGGCCUAUGCUAUGUCUUCUCAUGGAGCACCAUUUUUUUUUUCAGAAUUACAAAAACCUGGAGCUUGUCCCAAGUGGCCCUUAAAUACUGUUGGAUCUUGUAAGAAGAGAUGCUCAGGAGAUGAAUCAUGCCCUCGUAAAAUGAAGUGCUGCAGCAAUGGGUGUGGUUAUGUCUGCUUGAGGCCUGUCUUCAAAAUGGUUGACAGCGAAGAGGAAGAUGGAUUCGAUACUUAUAAGUACAGCAGAUGA